GGCAUGAGGGCGAGAGCACGGCGGGGGGGGCGGCCAGACAGAGCGAGCGAGGAGGAGGAGGAGGAGGACGCCGAGGAGGAAGGAGGAGGCAAAGAAAAGAAGCGGCGGCGGCGGAGGAGGAGGAGGAGGGAGCGAGGAGGCGCGCGGCCCCCCGCUCCCUCCCUCCCCCCCUGACCCCCGACCCCCGCCGGCCGGCCCCCCGCCCCAGCCCCGGAGGGAGCUCAUGGGAGUAUGAAGGAGAUGGUAGGAGGCUGCUGCGUAUGUUCGGACGAGAGGGGCUGGGCCGAGAACCCGCUGGUCUACUGUGAUGGGCACGCGUGUAGCGUGGCUGUCCACCAAGCUUGCUAUGGCAUCGUCCAGGUGCCAACAGGACCCUGGUUCUGCCGGAAAUGUGAAUCUCAGGAGCGAGCAGCCAGGGUGAGGUGUGAGCUGUGCCCACACAAAGACGGGGCAUUGAAGAGGACUGACAAUGGAGGCUGGGCCCACGUGGUGUGUGCCCUCUACAUCCCUGAGGUGCAGUUUGCCAACGUGCUCACCAUGGAGCCCAUCGUGCUGCAGUACGUGCCUCAUGAUCGCUUCAACAAGACGUGUUAUAUCUGCGAGGAGCAGGGCCGGGAGAGCAAGGCAGCCUCAGGAGCCUGCAUGACCUGUAACCGCCACGGAUGUCGACAAGCUUUUCAUGUCACCUGUGCCCAGAUGGCAGGCCUGCUGUGUGAGGAAGAAGUGCUGGAGGUCGACAAUGUCAAGUACUGUGGCUACUGCAAAUACCACUUCAGCAAGAUGAAGACAUCUCGGCACACCAGCGGGGGAGGCAGUGGAGGAACAGGAGGAGGAGGAGGAGGAGGAGGAGGCGGCACAGUGGGAGGUAGCAGUGGCUUCAUCACUGGCCGGAGAAGCCGGUCAGCUUCUCCAUCCACCCAGCAGGAAAAGCACCCUUCCCACCACGAGAGGGGCCAGAAGAAGAGUCGAAAGGACAAAGAACGCCUUAAACAGAAGCACAAGAAGCGGCCUGAGUCACCCUCCAGCAUCCUAACCCCACCUGUGGUCCCCACUGCUGACAAGGUCUCCUCCUCGGCUUCCUCUUCCUCUCACCAUGAGGCCAGCACUCAGGAGACUUCUGAAAGCAGCAGGGACUCAAAGGGGAAAAAGUCUUCCAGCCAUAGCCUGAGUCACAAGGGGAAGAAACUGAGCAGUGGGAAAGGUGUGAGCAGUUUCACCUCCGCCUCCUCCUCUUCUUCUUCCUCCUCUUCCUCCUCCUCUGGGGGGCCCUUCCAGCCUGCAGUUUCGUCCCUGCAGAGCUCCCCUGACUUCUCUGCAUUCCCCAAGCUGGAGCAGCCUGAGGAAGACAAGUACUCCAAGCCCACAGCCCCCACCCCUUCAGCCCCUCCCUCUCCCUCGGCCCCCGAGCCCCCCAAGGCAGACCUCUUUGAGCAGAAGGUGGUCUUCUCUGGCUUUGGGCCCAUCAUGCGCUUCUCCACCACCACCUCCAGCUCGGGCCGAGCCCGGGCCCCGUCCCCUGGGGACUAUAAGUCUCCCCACGUCUCGGGGUCCGGGGCCUCUGCAGGCACCCACAAGCGGAUGCCCACGCUGAGCGCCGCCCCUGUGCCUGCUGAGGAGACCCCUGAGACAGGCCUGAAGGAGAAGAAGCACAAAGCCAGCAAGAGAAGCCGACAUGGGCCAGGCCGACCCAAGGGCAGCCGGAACAAGGAAGGCACUGGGGGCCCAGCUCUUCCCUCCCUGCCUGGUGCCCAGCUGGCUGGCUUUACCGCCACUGCUGCCUCACCCUUCUCCGGAGGUUCCCUGGUCAGCUCCGGCCUGGGGGGUCUGGCCUCUCGUACCUUUGGGCCUUCUGGGAGCCUGCCCAGCCUGAGCCUGGAGUCCCCCCUGCUGGGGGCAGGCAUCUACACCAGUAAUAAGGACCCCAUCUCCCACGGUGGCGGAAUGCUGCGGGCUGUCUGCAGCACCCCCCUCUCCUCCAGCCUUCUGGGGCCCCCAGGGACCUCGGCCCUGCCCCGCCUCAGCCGCUCCCCAUUCACCAGCACCCUCCCCUCCUCCUCUGCUUCUAUCUCCACCACUCAGGUGUUUUCUCUGGCUGGCUCUACCUUUAGCCUCCCUUCUACCCACAUCUUUGGAACCCCAAUGGGUGCCGUUAACCCCCUCCUCACCCAAGCCGAGAGCAGCCACACAGAGCCAGACCUGGAGGACUGCAGCUUCCGAUGUCGGGGGACCUCCCCCCAGGAGAGUCUGUCUUCCAUGUCCCCCAUCAGCAGCCUCCCGGCACUCUUCGACCAGACAGCGUCCGCACCCUGCGGGGGCGGCCAGUUGGACCCAGCGGCUCCGGGAACGACUAACAUGGAGCAGCUGCUGGAGAAGCAAGGAGAUGGCGAGGCCGGCGUUAACAUCGUGGAGAUGCUGAAGGCGCUACACGCGCUGCAGAAGGAAAACCAGCGGCUUCAGGAGCAGAUCCUGAGCCUUACGGCCAAGAAGGAGCGGCUGCAGAUUCUCAACGUGCAACUCUCUGUGCCCUUCGCUGCCCUGCCUACCGCCCUGCCUGCCGCCAAUGGCCCUAUUCCUGGGCCCUAUGGCCUGCCUCCCCAAGCCGGCAGCAGCGAUUCCUUGAGCACCAGCAAGAGCCCUCCAGGGAAGAACAGCCUGGGCCUGGACAACUCUCUGUCCACGUCUUCCGAGGACCCACACUCAGGCUGCCCGAGCCGCAGCAGCUCGUCGCUGUCCUUCCACAGCACGCCCCCACCGCUGCCCCUGCUCCAGCAGAGCCCUGCUACUCUGCCCCUGGCCCUGCCUGGGGCCCCUGCCCCGCUCCCACCCCAGCCGCAGAAUGGGCUGGGCCGGGCACCGGGGGCAGCGGGGCUGGGGGCUAUGCCCAUGGCUGAGGGGCUGUUGGGGGGGCUGGCGGGCAGUGGGGCCCUGCCCCUCAAUGGGCUCCUGGGGGGGUUGAAUGGGGCUGCUGCCCCCAACCCUGCAGGCUUGAGCCAGGCUGGCGGGGCCCCCACGCUGCAGCUGCCAGGUUGUCUUAACAGCCUAACCGAGCAGCAGAGACACCUCCUGCAGCAGCAAGAGCAGCAGCUCCAGCAGCUCCAGCAGCUCCUGGCCUCCCCACAGCUGACCCCGGAACACCAGACCGUUGUCUACCAGAUGAUCCAGCAGAUCCAGCAGAAGAGGGAGCUGCAGCGGCUGCAGAUGGCCGGGGGCUCCCAGCUGCCCAUGGCCAGCCUUCUGGCUGGAAGCUCCACCCCGCUGCUGUCCGCGGGCACCCCUGGCCUGCUGCCCACAGCAUCUGCCCCACCUCUGCUGCCUGCCGGGGCCCUGGUGGCUCCCUCACUUGGCAACAACACAAGUCUCAUGGCUGCGGCGGCCGCAGCUGCAGCAGUAGCAGCAGCGGGUGGCCCUCCGGUCCUCACUGCCCAGACCAACCCCUUCCUCAGCCUGGCGGGGGCGGAUGGCGGUGGCCCCAAAGGAGGGACCGCUGACAAAGGAGCCUCAGCCAACCAGGAAAAAGGCUAAAUCCACCCACGCCCCUGCUGAUCCCCCAAGUGGAGGGGCAGAUCCUGGCCUGAGGGGUCCCAGCCUGGAGCGGGCACCUGUGCCCAGACACUGGAGAGCCCUGGCCCAGAGCAUGUGCUGAGGGCCGGGGGUUGUGGGGUGCUCCUGGUGCCGAGGACUGAGACCAAGAGGGGAGCCCUUUCCAUCUAGCCCCCCUUCCACUUUGCACUGGGCCUUUUGUGAGGGGCUCAGAGGGGGUCAGGCUCCAAGCCUGCCUAGGAGCCCCCAUUCUCAGUGAAUGUUUUGAGGUUCCCCAGAAAGCAUGUUAAGUGGGCCAUCGCAUAAGUGGGGGGUUGGUUGAAUCCACCACAUAAAAUGGAUCAGCACUUGUGUGGGAGAAGUAGGGGGGUUUGGCCCUGGGCCUGCCCCUGUGCAGAAGUCUUCUCUAGAGGGAGGAAGAGCCCUGCUUGACCUGCGGUUUCUUCCCAACAUGGGCAGAUGGCAGGAGGGCUCCCUGGGGCUGUUUCUUGCUGGGCCCCUUCCCCUGCCCCCAACAAGGGUCACAAGCUGAGCUUGUAAAAGCCCACAGACUAAGAGGCUGAGGAAGGGGCAGGGUGGCAUCAAAUUCGGCCCAAGCCUCCCUACCUCUGGGGGGUAGGUCCCAGUGAUCAGCCGGGGGAGGGCAGGGGGAGGGCGGCCCAGCCCCCUCGGUGCCCUGCCCCUUGUUUGCACUAUUGGAUUUAGGAGUGCCGAGGGUGGGGAGAUGAAGCGGCCUGACUCAGAGAGCUUGUGUGUGUGUGUGUGUGUGUGUGUGUGCACGCGCAUGCACGUGCGUGCGCAUGCACGUGCGUGCGUGUGUCUGUCUGUCUCUCCCUGGACCCCAGGCAGCCAAGGGCAGGGAGGGAAGCAGUGCUCAGAUGGGGCAGCAUCAGAGGGGCGCCCCUAGCUCUUGUUUGCACCCUCUCACCUCACCAACUUUAGUCCCUUUCUGGGGCCUGAAUGGUUAACAAAAACCAGAAGAGUACUCCAAUAUUGGAGAGUAACUGGGGGCUGGGGGCUUUGAAUCAGGGUGAUAUCCUGCCUUUCCUCCCCCAGACCUCGUGUGGUCUCAGUGCCCCUCCAAGCUCCCUUCCGCCACUGAUUGUUGGUCCUGCUUCCCUGGCACAAGGGGAGCCCCAGGGAUUAGGGGGUAAAGUGCCACUUCUUUCAGUGAAAACCUUCUUCCCAGAGUUAGCCCACCUGCCUCCCCCUUCCCUUCCCCCACCCCCACCAACCAGGGGAGACUUAAGCUUAAGCUGACCUAACAACUGUCCCUUCACCCACCAGCUAUUUCCCUGGGGUGUAGUGGGUAGUUCUCACCUUAAAGAGUCCCCACCUGCCCAGAGCCUUUGGUGGCCAAGGUUGAGGACAGGUGGGAUGGCCAGGAGGGGGACGAGGUUGAAGUCUGUGUCUGUUUAGGGUGCACUGGGGUCCGAGCCAGGAGGGGGUGCGUCCAGCUUCCCUGAUGCCUGUGUCUAGUCAGUCUCUUUGCAUGUGCAGAUUUGUGUGUGUGUGUGUGUGUGUGUGUGUGUGUGUGUGUGUGUGUGUGUGUGUGUGUUUCUGUUUGGGUUUUUGUUGUUGUUGGUUUUGUUUUGUUUUUUAAAUAAAGAAAAGAAGAUGUGUAUAUUUUUGGCAACGACAGAAACGUAGUGCAGAUAUAUUUUUGCCUGUGCUGCUCAACUGGUUUUUUUCUGAUACUGAAAAUAAUAUUAAUAUUCCUGUUGAUAAGACUUUGUAAGAUGUUAGGGAGCUGAUAAUGGAGGGGGUGGGUGGGAAUCCUUCAGAGGCAAUUUCUUAGGCACUUGCAAGGGCUUGGGGGGAGGGGGGAGGCAGUUGUGAUGACCUCAGAAAUACUUUUUAUUAAUGCUAAAUAUCAGUUAGAAAGACAUGAUAGAAUUCAGCAUUUUAUUCAUCUUCAUCUAUUAAGCUCUCUAACUCCCUGCCCCCAAACCACUGAAAAGAAAAAAUAACUUUCAGAGAUUCUCAGAAGAGUGGGUUAUUCACACCCACACCUUCGCCCAAGGUCAGCCCGCUUAGAGCUGAAGUCAGCUUCUGUUCUGGAUGGUGAGGGAAGUCCAUCCACCCCAAGGCUGCUGUGGCAGAGGGUGAGAGGUCCCAAUGUCUUAUUGCACUGGAACCAAGAACUCCUCUUCCCUCCAGCACCUGAGAGCCGGGGGUUCUCAUCUCCAAGAGUCUGUUUUCCUACUUUCUCCAGGCUGGGUGCAGUGGCAGGUAGGCAGGUUAGAUUUGAAGAAGGUACCCAGGCUGGGUAUGGGUUGGUGCAGUCCCAGGAUUUGGGGCAGGGGGCAUGACAGAGGUGGUGCAUUUUCCUCUUUGGAGGGAGCUUUAUAAUAGGAACGGUCUGGAACACUUCAGGAGGGAGCCGGGUCCCAGUGCCAGGGGUCCAGCUACCUUGACCCCACCCUCCUCUCUCAGCCUCAGUCCCUUUUU